AUGGCGUGUAUGCUUAUGAAAUGCGAGACUAAAAGCAGCAGAGUGAAAGGCGUGGCCUUCCACCCGACGCUGCAGUGGUGCCUCACAGCGCUGCACAACGGUGCCAUUCAACUCUGGGAUUAUCGGGUGGGCUCAUUGGUUGACCGCUUCGAAGAGCAUGAAGUACGCAUCUGGAACUGGCAGUCCCGCGUAUGUAUGGCCGUCUUGACGGGCCAUACGCACUAUGUGAUGUGCGCUCGUUUUCACCCAACGGAGGAUUUGGUGGUCUCCGCCUCGCUGGAUCAGACUCUGCGACUGUGGGACACAUCAGGGCUAAGAGAGCGAUCUGGAGGGGUUGCGGGGGCGGUUGGGCGAAGCGGCAGUCGAAGCAGCGCUCAUGGGGAUAUAUUUGCUGCUACAGAUGCUGUGUGUAAGUUUGUUCUUGAGGGGCACGAGAGAGGCGCCAACUGGGCAGCCUUCCAUCCCUCCAUGCCUCUCAUCGCCUCGGCAGCUGAUGACAAACUUAUCAAACUUUGGCGGUACAACUCGGUGAAAGCUUGGGAGGUGGAUACAUUGCGUGGGCACAGCAACAACGUGUCUUGUUUGGUUUUCCACCCUCAUCGAGACUUGCUGAUUUCCGACUCUGAAGAUAGAACAAUAAGGGUCUGGGACGUAUCGCGUAGAACGUGCCUUCACACAUUCAGGCGAGAUAUGGAUCGCUUCUGGGUGCUCGCUGCUCACCCGACAUCGGGAGCCAUUGCUGCAGGGCAUGAUGGAGGCAUGGUGGUCUUUAAGUUGACAACAGAGAGGCCUCCUGCUUGCAUGUGGACAGGGCACGAGCUGUUAUAUGUUUCGGAGAGAAGGCUCUGCUGGAUAGACACCACAAUGGUGUUGCACCAGGAGCAGCAGCAGCAACAAAUGGAGGUGAUGCUUACGGAAGUCAGGAGGCCUCCAAACGCUCUUGCCAAUGGACCGAAACAACUUCUUGUAAAUCCUUUGAACACGGGAGAAAUCAACGCCGUCGUGGUCUAUACAGAAGGUGACGGGCUUUCUUACGACUUUCUCUGUGGGCCGAGGGCAGACGGCCGGGGCCCUCCAGCAAGUGGUAGUCUCUCUCAAGUUGCACAGACUGCUCCUUCUGUCUCAUCCCUCUCAGCCCAUGCGACGGCAGACGCAGGACGCAUUGAACCCCUUCCAAUUACCACUGACAAAAUUUUCUUUGCAGGACCGAACAGGCUCAUUCUUCUCGGUGAAGACAAGUUGUAUCUUUACGAUAUCCCGACGCGUCGGCUGUCUAGUCCCUUAACAUUGAACAUUGGGGGCCCUGUGAGGACAGUGACUUGGGCCCCUGAUAUGCACCACUUGGCGUUAACUUCAAAACAUUCGGUGGUACUAUUGCGGGCAAACUUCUCAGCUUUAUCUUCGCUGUCAACCGGGCUAGCAGAGAAGGAAGUUCGAGAGUCAGAACCAGCCUUCAAGGUCCUUUCCUCGCUCCAUGAGAAUAUCCGCGUCAAAGGGGGCGUGUGGGAUCCCGAAUUAGGUGGUUUCUUUUACGCCACCCUGUCCCACGUGAAGUUUUGCAUGACGAACGGAGACAAAGGAAUCGUGUGCAGCCUUUCAGAGUCAAUCUACAUAGUAACGGUGGCGCAGCAGCAGCUCUUGUAUAUGGACCGUCGCGCUCAGCUGCACUGCAAGCCAGUGGCAUGCAAUGACUAUCUAUUUAAGGUGGCUCUGAGUCGUCGAGACUAUAUGAAGGUCGCACUUUUGGUUCGCUAUGGCGGCCUCUGUGGAAAUUCGCUUAUCGGUUAUUUGAAAGAGAAAGGAUACUCUGAAGUUGCUCUUGAGUUCCUGUCCGAUCGGAAGUCGAAGUUUUUGAUGGCGUUGGAAGUUGGCCGGAUGGAUGAGGCUCUGGAAGCUGCGAAGGCUUUAAACGACAAAGCAGGGUGGCGUCUUCUAGGGGACGCUGCGAUGCAAGAAGGCUGUUUCGGGCUUGCGGAAAUUUGCUUCCAGAAGCUGAAGGCUUUUGAGAAAUUGUCAUUUCUCUACUUGCUACUGGGCGAUCGCACAAAGCUCAAAAAAAUGCUGCACGUUUCCAAGCUGCUGCGCGAGCCUCUGCUGCGACAGCACCAAGCCUUAUUGCUUGGCGAUGCAGAAGAGAGAGUAGAUGUCUUUAUGGAAGCCCAGCAGCCGGGACUUGCGUAUCUUUGUGCGAAGACACAUGGCUUAGAUGAACUAGCUGAACAGCUGAGGGGCUCUGUUGAUGAGAAGGAUGUCGAGGAGUUCCUACCGAAGAAUCCUGUUGCACUGUUUCCGCCUGUGCCGAUCAUGAGAUUUGGGCCGGGAGAGACAGCGACGUGGAAGCCUGCGGCUGCAGGGGAAGUUUCUGCGUUUGCUGCGGCACUGCGGGCCGUUGAUGAAAUGGAUCCCGAGACGGCGCGGCUGAUGCUACAUAGAGGCUUUGAUACGGAUGAACCGGAUGCGUCAGCGCAAGUUAUGUGCGGAAAGGCAAGGGAUUGGGGAGAAGGUGGCGUGGUCGGCAGUGAUGAGGGGGAGGACUUUGCUUCUCUUGGCGCAGCCGCAGAAGGAGAAUGGAAAGAUGCAAUUGACAUUGGAGUAGAAGAUGAUGCGGCUGUAUCCGGCGCUGCUGGUGCAUGGAAGGUUCAUGGAGCUAUAAAUGGGAAGUCUGGAGAGACCUAUGCGGAAGCACCAGGCGCAGAUCCUACAGUUGCAUGGAGGCAGAACCCCAUCCCGUCAGAUCUUGUUGUAGCAGGGGACUUCACUGGGGCUAUCCAAAUGUUGCGACGUCGUCUUGGCCUUCUGCGUGUUGCUCCACUUGAACCGAUAUUCCAGAGAGUAUAUGAAUCUAGCUGGGCUCAGCUAAAGGGGCAUUCCCUCGCCCCUCCUUUGCAGUUGCCUCUUGUAGGUGGAAAGCCUUACAGGGCAGCUGACCCUCCUCGCGUUGUAAACAGCGCGCUUCUUCUCACGCAGGUUAGAGAAGCACACAAACUGGUUACAGGCGGAAAGUUUGCGGAAGCACUCACUGCCUUUCGACAGGCCCUUCUGGCACUUACACUCGCAGUAGCACAAAACCAAGAAGAGGAGCAGCAGUUGUUGGAAAUGCUGGACAUAUGUAGAACUUACAUAAUCGGCAUGAGGCUCGAAACGUCACGAUUGAUGCUGGGAGAAUCUGAUGCACAAAGAAACCUGGAGCUUGUCGCUUAUUUCAGUUGCUGCCGCUUGCAGCCAUCUCACUCCUUCCUUGUCCUCCGUCGAGCAAUGAGCGUAGCUUGGAAGGCUCAAAACUUCAUAACAGCCGCUUCCUUCGCUCGCCGGCUGCUCUCUGGGACGUACUCGGGCUUAAAAGGUGCACCAGAAGAACUGGCGAAGGCAAAAAGAGUCCUUCUGCUUUGCGAGCAGAAAGGAACAGACGCUAUAAACAUAAAUUAUGAGCCCGGAGAAGCAGAAAACAUUCUUCUUUGCACGUCAACAAUGACGCGGUUGAACCCAGGCACUCCAGUUGUUCGUUGCGGUUUUUGUGGAGCAGUGGCCCAGCAACAGCUGCAGGGUUCACUUUGUAGAGUGUGUGAAAUUGCAGAGCUAGGAGCCAGAGUGGUUGGCAUUCAGUUCCUCCCAGUAGUGUAA